UCCAUCGCUGGCAUCUGAGCUGCGAUUCUACUGAAGCUUUGACUAGCAACAACUGAGAUGGAAGGUGAAGCAAGGAAGCGUUUGAGGCAUGCUGAGGUGAACGAACAAGAGGUCAUAGAUGGAACAACUCUAGAGAUUGUAGAGAAGGACGAAACUGAGACAAACAUUGUGGGAUCUGAAGAGAUGGAACUUAAAAUUGCUCACAUUUUUGGAAAGAUCGAACACUUCACCCAGAUGGUAGUUCGAUUGCAGGAAUCAGGAAAAACAAUGUUCAAGGAAAUGAAGAAUGAAUUUGAAGAACGCUUGAUUAUGAUACACGAGGAAGAGAUGGAGAAGUGGCAGGAGGAAAUCGAAGAACUGCGGUUGCUUGACGCCUAUCAAAUGAAGAAGCAAGUGGUGUUCUUCAUAAUACUAGACAUGUACUCCAAAAUCCUCACAUUGACUCUUGAAGAUAAUUCUGAAAAAGAGCCCACGUAAUUUAAAUAUACCAGUUGAAAUGCAUUUCCAGCUAAUAUUUCAUUAUAACACAAAUUUCUUUCGUAGUAUAAAAAUAUCUCAGAAGUAGUUUGACAUGGAACUACAGUUGCUAUAGAGCCACACGUGGCUGUUAUGAUCAAUUCACAUGGGUUUGUUCACAUUAAAGCGGAGCAAAAGUUCAGGGUAGGAGAAAGUGCUCAAGAAUUUUGAGCUGAGUUGAAAAAGUUUUAAUCGAGUAAGAUUCAUUUGUAGUCACAAUGUUUUCUGAGCUAAGCGUUAGAGCAAGAGAAUGGAUCUUUACACCUACGUGUGAUAGGGUUGCUUGGCAUAAAAAACACAUCUUCAAUCAAAGUUCUU